AUGGCCGGCUGCUUUCGGGUCGUUGAGCACGUCGUUCCCUGCCAGCAUAUCAGGGAAUACCCCCAUGCGACGGCUACCAGUCAAGAAGAGCCGCUCAGCUUAGCAGUCAAGCAGUAUAUACCAGUGGAUAACCCGAACCCGCAACCAGGUGAUGUCACCAUAAUAGGUGCACAUGCUAAUGGGUUUCCGAAAGAGCUAUAUGAACCCCUCUGGGAGGAGAUAUAUGCGUGUUCAAAACAGGCUGGUUUUCGUAUUCGGGGUAUCUGGAUUGCAGAUGUUGCACAUCAGGGCCAAAGUGGUGUGCUCAACGAGAGCUCGCUAGGCAACGACCCGUCAUGGUACGAUCAUCCACGAGACCUUCUUAACCUGAUUAACCAAAAGCGAAUCGAAAUGCCCCGACCUGUUUUUGGAAUUGGCCACAGCAUGGGCGGUAACAAUCUAAUAGCCCUUUCAAUUCUGCAUCCCCGACUUCUUACCUCGCUUAUUCUCCUGGACCCUGUGAUGAACAAGGUGGAGGUUCUUGAUAAUGAAUACUCCAAACCGACCAACGUGAAAAUACCGGUUGCGACCCUUGCAUCGACGUAUAGGAGAGAUCUUUGGCCGUCUCGCAGAGAUGCAGAGAAGGCCCUUGAAGGAAGCAAAUUCUAUCAAAACUGGGACCCUCGCGUACUCCGGCGCUUCUUCAAGUAUGGACUCCGUGAACUACCCACUGCUAUAUACCCGUUAGAUGAGAACUCUAUCAAGAAGCCAAUAGGUGAAAGGCCAGUAACACUUACUACAACUCGGCACCAGGAAGUAUUUUCAUUCUUUAGGGCUGCUUACGGUUCUACUUCCGAAGACGACCAAACAUUGAAUCGCCUCACUCAUCCGGAUCUUGACCCCAAUAUAUAUAAAUCUACAUUUCCAUUCUACCGACACGAAGUUGCUAGGACAUUUGAACUACUUCCCUUUGUUCGACCAAGUGUUUUAUAUAUAUUCGCAGAACACUCAGAAGUCAGCGGCCCAGGGUUAAAUCGGGAAAAGAUUGAUCGUACUGGUGUCGCUGUUGGUGGUAGCGGUGGUGCGGCUGAGGGGAAGGUCAAGGGCAUCGUUAUGAAGAAUGUGGGCCAUUUGAUUGCCAUGGAAGCCGUGAGCCAAGCGGCCGAACUGUGCGCUGGCCAAAUAGACGCGGAAAUGCAUCGUUGGCGCAGGGAGGAGGACCUACUGAUGUCUGAGUGGAAAAAUAAACUUUUGACAGAUAAAAUGACCAUCGAUCAGGAGUGGGUUAGACGGGUUGAUCUACUCUCGGUACGGAAUAUAGGCAAGAAAAGGAAUACUGGGACGAAGCUAUAA